AUGGAAAAAGGUAAGAAUAGAGCUGAGUGUAAGUAUUGUGAAAAUGUAACUUUUGCAUGUGAUGUUCGUUCUAAUGGCUCUAAAAAUGUGAAAUAUCAUUGGAAAAGGUGUCCCGCAAAUCCUACAAAUAAGUCUAAAAUGAAAGGUAAACAAACUGAAUUGGUGUUCAUUGACAGUGAAGGAGGAGAAGCAAAAGUUAAAAAUUGGGUUUUGAAUGUCAAAGAUGUUAGAGAUGCAAUUUCUUACAUGAUCAUAGUAGGUGAAUUACCUUUUCGUCAUGUGGAGAAACCUGGAUUCAAGCAUCUUAUGGCAACUUGUUGUCCUAAAUUUCAUAUACCAUCACUUUUUACUAUUGCUCGUGAUUGUCUGCAUCUUUAUGGGAAAGAAAAGACAAAUUUAAAGGAGAUUUUACGAAUGAAUGUGAAAGAGUUUCACCACAAAGGUAAGGCCAUUGCUAAACAUGUAGAGGAAUGUUUGGUUGAUUGGGGUUUGGAUGAUAAAUUAUUUAUUGUGACUGUACAUAAUGCAAGUUCUAAUGAUGUUGCAUGUCUAGAAUUGAAAAAAAUGAUGCAAAGAAAAUCAACAUGCAUUGGUAACGGGGAUUACUUGCAUAUGAGCCAAUUAUCACCUUCUUUAGAUGUUCCUACUAGAUGGAACUCUACAUUUGACAUGUUAGAUAGAGCCUUAAAGUUUCGUGAUAUUUUUUGGAGGAUGGAUAUUCCAACUAAUCCCCAACUAGAUUCUACUAUGGAAGCUGAGCUUGAUGGAGAUGAUAAUGGAGAUCCUAUUGAAUUACAAUUUGAAAUGGAAAAUGCAGGGGCUCCCUCAGAAAAUGAUUGGAAGGGGCAACUGGAGAAGAUGAAUGUGUUAAUAUACAUGGGGGCUAUUCUUGAUCCUAAAGUGAAGCUUGUAGGUUUAAAUCUUGUUUUUGAUCGUAUGUAUGGAAAAACUAAAGGCGAGGAAUUAGGUGAAGCGGUGCAUAAUAAAGCGUGUAAGUUGUUUGAUGACUAUAGGAGGAUAUAUGCACCUUUUAGUCCUAGUAAUGAUGAGGUGACUUCUGCAAGUUCUUCGCAUUCUACUAGCUUUGAUCACAAGAAGGUUAUUGAAGAACAAGUGAAAAGGUUGAGAACCGCUAACAGAUAUUCAAGUUCAGAAUUUGAUAGAUACUUAAAUGAGAAGUUACGGGAACAUGAAUUGGAUAUGGAUAUAUUAGAUUGGUGGAAAAUGAAUGCUCAUAGGUAUCCGAUCUUAGCACGUUUAGCUCGUGAUGUACUAGCAGUUCCUAUAUCUACAAUGGUAGAAGCUCUUAUUUGUACUCAAGGUUGGAUUCGCUCUAAGAAAGAGAACGAUGAGAGGUUGAAUGUGGAGGAAAAGUUGGAAGAUUUAAAGCAACUUGAGAAGGAAUUUGAGAACUCUUCAUUAAGUGGUGACAACUGA